AAACAAUUCGAUAACAUAGUUUCAUUGCAAUGAGACCAGUAAGUGGAUACAUGAACUAAUAAUUUAUUUUGAAAGAUAAUUUAAUGUAAACAAUUAUGAGUGACAGUGAAAAAAAUUUAGAAAUAUGGUUGGAAGAAAACUUAAUUCCAAAAUUAAAGGCUUGUUUAAAUAAAGUAAAAUCCAAAGUGCAAUAUGUAAUUUCAUUGCCCACCGAUUCAAUUUUUAUGGCUCGAGUAUUUCUUCUCGAUAUGAAAUUUUUUAAUAACCAAGGGAAAAUUGAAGAUCAAGUGCAUCUAGUGGUAAAACGACCUCCAAUAGGAAAUAAAGGUCGCAGUCUAUUCAAUCUUGACGCAGCGUUUCAUAAUGAAAUUCUCUUUUACACGAAAUUUGCAAAAUUUAAUAACGAUUAUCCAAAAUUUUAUUAUGCACAUGAAAAACCCAUUUAUGAUUCUGUAAUUGUCACACAAAACAUUAAUUAUCAAGGUUAUUAUUUAAAUUCUGAAAAAACAAAUUUAGACAUAAAAUAUAUUUUAUCAUCAAUGCGUGAAAUCGCAAAAUUUCAUGCAAACGCUUAUAUAAUGAAAGACAAGAAUCCUGAGGAAUUUUUCGAAAUAGUAAAAAAUAUACAAUUAUGCCGAAAACCACCGGAAAAUAAUCCAUCAGUUAAAAAAUCCCAAGCUUCAGUUCCAAGAAUAAUAAAUUAUCUUAAAAAAAAUAAUUACAAUGAAAAUUUUUGUAAAAAAUUGGAAAAAUUUUUAUUCAAUGGAUUUGCAUACACACAAACGGAACUUGUCCAACCAAUUGAACCAUUGGCGACAUUAUGUCAUGGUGAUUUUUUACGAAAUAAUGUAUUUUUCAAGAAAAUUAAGGAGAAUAAUUGUGAUGUUAUUGAAACAAAAUUAAUUGAUUUUGGAAUGAUAAAUUAUGGUUCACCGUGUAAUGAUAUUGCACAUUUUUUAUAUUUAAGUGGAACACGAUGUCACAGAAGAGAAAAGUUUCAACAAGUUUUCGAUGAAUAUCACAAAAGUUUAUUGGAAAAUUUAAAAUAUGCCGAAUUAAAGAAUCUUGAGAGAUUUUCUAAGGAAGCAUUUCUUGAAGAUUAUAAAACACAUGCUUUUUUUGGCUAUUCAAUAGCUAUUAUUUUUUUGCCCGUGAUGCUGGGACUUUUUGAACACACUCCAGGGGAAUUAUUAUCUCUUCCUGUUGAUGAAUUUGCUCAAUUGUUAGCGGUCGUUGGAGGUGAUGAAUAUACGGAAAUUUUAGUGCAAAUGAUAUUGGAUUUAAAAGAUGCCGGAAGUUUGGAUGUCAUAAACAGUAUUGCAAUUGAUUAAUUUUUUUAUAUUAGGUAUAUAUUUUAUCCGUUUUUUUAAGGGGUUAUAUACAGUCACGAUUUUCAAAAAAUCGAUUUUUUUUGCUGCAUUUUCUUAAAGUAUAUAUAUUUGUCUGUUGUGAAAAAAUUUUUUAUUAAGAUUCGAGAAAUAUUUUCGAAGUUACAGACUAAACUAGAAAGGCGUGCCGUAUACAUAUAAUAUAUAUAUAUAUAUAUAUAUAUAUAUAUAAUUUUCGUAUACUUGAGUAUGCAAUUGGAAUGGAAGAUACAUUAUAUGGUCCAGGAAUAGACGAUUCAAUAUGAUUCUGUCAAUUGCUCACCGCGGACCACUUUUUUUUCGAGGACCUUUGGGAGAUUGGAUAUAGAGGCCAAAAAGAAUAAUAUUUUUACAAAUUAAAUAUAUUUGUUUAAACUUAAAAACAUGUAAAACAAUAUAGAAAAACUUCCGGUUUAAUAAAUAAAUAUUCCUUUGAAAAAAAAAAAAAUACCGAAAAACUGCAUUUUUUUGACCGCCUGACUGUAUAUAACCCCUUAAAAUUAUUUUUGUAAUUGAAAAUUUGGGCAAAAGAGUUUUUAUUUAUUUAUUUUUAAAUAAAAAGUUAAUUUAUAAGACGAGGCGAUAAUGCUAAUAAAAAAAAUAACAACAAUAAAAGGAUAUUAAUAUCAAUUACAUGAAUGUAUUGUUAUAAAAAUAAUUAAUAAAUGUUUUUAAAAUUAUUUACUUGAUA